CAAAAUCCUUGAAAAGUGCACGUCUCCUUUAAAUAGGAACCCAAAACACUCUGUCAGGGGGAAAGGGAAUCAAAAUAGUGAGGGGGAGUCGGUUAAUAAUUGCCCACCUCACUAUGCGCGAUCAUUACACCUGUGCGGGUUUGCGCGCGAGCAAAGUCUGCGCGUCAGGAGGAGAAAAAAAAGUUCCACGAGCGCGACGGUGACGCGCACUGAGAGUUGCGGAGCGUGAGUCCUGAAGGGCAAAUAAGAGACCGGAGAAAACGACCUUAAUCAUAUCAAGGUGGAUUUCCCUCAUCCCUGUUUCCACAUAGUGGAUUCCACAGCGCAUGUUGGCAGAAUGGGUUAUGUAUGGCGAACAUGUUAAUGAAUAAGAUCUUGUGUCUGACAAGCAUAAGCGUCAUCAUAGGUUUUGGUGGGCAUGAUUUCACUGGUGACCUACAGUAGCACGGGAUGCGCCGUACAAAGCGGGUCUGAAAUGCCAGACGGGAGAGGCAGAGACCUUCAGGACGCUCGGGACAUCGAUUCUUGAGGAUAUAUUUAUUUGUUACCGGAUAUACAUCUCUCUGGAGCAUAAGGACGUACUCUUAUUUCCACCGGGAAUUCUGCUACGAGGGAGCCAGUAUAAAUGCAAUGCGCGGAAAACUCCUCUAAAAUUUCAUUUAUUAAGGAUUUAUUAAUAUAUGAUAGCUAAUUAUUAGAAAUAAAUGCGCCCGGUUUUAUUCCGAAGGAGCUUUAACAUUUCUGAAAUUUAUUUUUUGUGUUUUGGCUUUACUUAAGCCAUGACGGGAAUUACAAUCGCUUUGUUUUUUGAGAAUCUGCUGAGUAAAUUGUCCCUGUUUGGAUUAAAGAUGUUGGGCUCGGACGCGAAUGUGGAAUAAUCAUUCGUAGAGAAUUAACAAGGACUGGACGUUGGACCUGGUGUAUUAUUUACAUAACUAUUUCAGACUUUUCUUGGCCAACUUAAACAAUGGGGAUCAAGCUGAGGGUUAUUCUGGGAAUGUUUCAGUUCGUCACACUUACCAGAAUACCCACGCAAUGUGCCAGGACACAGUCAGACCACUGGAUGCCAACACAGAGCCACAAAUCUGGAGAAGUGGUGAGGUGGCUGGAUGUGUUUCAGAGAAGCGGAUGUCACCCCAGAGAGACGCUGGUGGAGGUUUGGCAGGAGUUUCCGUGGGAGACGAAUCACCUCUUUCUGCCGUCGUGUGUAACACUGCGCCGCUGUGGAGGCUGCUGCUCUGAUGAGGCCCUGGAGUGUGUGCCUUCACAAACACACACACUUGUCAUGGAGCUCAUGAAGACCUCGUACAUGAAGCAUGAACUUGUGCAGCUGCCUUUCAUUGAACACAACCAGUGUGAGUGCAGGCUAAAAGCAAACCUUUAUGCAGAGCCAACCAGGCAAGGCCCUCAGACAACAAGAAGAGGCCGAAAGCGACACAGAGGGAAACCAAAGCGAAAGAAACACAUGGGGAAAAACUCAAUGAUGCUUGUGCCAACGACACCCCCUCCUCCUCCUCCUCCCACCCUGCCGCCAAGCUCCGCCCCUCCGACACCUGCCAGAGAGGCGUGUCCUCCAUGCCCCAUCCGCAAGAUGACAUCACAUCCUCCCUCCUGUGAAUGCAGGUGCAGUUUGAGGGAGGUGAGCUGUACAAAAAGAGGAAAGACACUCAACCAGAGCAGCUGCCGAUGUGAAACCCAAAGUGAAUAGCGAAGACAAGCCAGCCGUAUAAUCCACCGAUCCAACUUUGAGGAGAUUUAGUGAGGUCAAAGGUUUGCUUAUUCUUUUGUCAUGGACUCUGAAGUUUGGGUCCCGCCCAGAAAGAGGGUUCAUCUUCUGGAAUAAACCACAGCCCCACCCGUGGCUCAUCACACACACACACACACACACACACACAAACACUAUCACAGCAGUAUUAGAUGCAUAUACAUUCAGUUUGCACUGUAUCCCCCCAGCAUGUGCUCAGAAAAGGAAGCUUUUUGCCACUACGAUCAUGAUCUCCUUUAAGGGUUUGACACUGUGGACUCAAUGGGUCAAGCGUACCAUUGGAAUAUUCCGCGCUCAAGAGGUGGACCAUUGAGCUUAACCAAAACAGAUUGUGGGAUUUUCUUCAGUUCAGUGUGAUGCUGAAGUUGACAAGUGGGCCGGGAAACUCUCAAAGGGAAAACAGAGUGUGUUUUUUUUUUUACUUAAAGCCUCGAGUGGAGCGUUUUUGAUGGGAUGGAUGUUGACAGACCUUUAAUGUUGAGAGAACUCAAGUGUCUCUCUGCACAAAUAGAACAGCUCAUCCUGAGAACAUCUCCUCUGACCCUGGGCUUGAGUUAAAUGGAUGGAUGGGUCGAUUAGACGGAUGGACGGGUGUCUGUGUGGUCCGAGAUGAGAAUAAUAAGGAUCUGUGCGUCUAUCCUAAUUUAUUCCUGGCCUCUAUAAGUCCAUAAUGUGGCUUCACAGACUGUAUCAAUGAGUCUUUUUGUGUUUGUUUGAUUUGCUUUUUUGUUCGGCGCCUUCCUUUUGGGAAUUGAAAGCUUUUCCCACUGGCUAGCCAGUGAGAGGAAUGCCAAUAGUAUAGAAACCUGGCUAUAUUCCAUUGGUGCUCACCAAACACACGUCUUCUCUCUCCCACACCCCCUGAUCACACUCAAUUUUUCCUCUCUUCAUUCCUUUCACUUCUAGUCUCAUUUUUCCCCCAUUCUUUCUCCCUCAUGCGUACACAUACAAAUGCAAGCAGGUAAAUAUAAGCUUUUCUGUGUCGAUACGGAAAGAAGAAUUUAUUUUAUCUAUCUUAGUCCUUUUGUAAAGAAUACUAAUGUUAUUGUAGUCCGCUUUGUUUUAAGGAAUGUUUCUUUGUUUGUCCCUGUUAAUCCAACAUUAGAAUCCGGCUGGGUGGCCGACCAAAUUCACAGUCUUUUCAGCUGUGUUUAAUUCGAGAAGAGAGACUUUGGAAAAAGGGAAAUGCCCCAUUCUGUUGGUGAUAAGUCAGUCUUAAUCAUCUCACGGGAUCGGGAUUGUGACGUAUUUAUUUUUUAUAUCGAGAUGCAUUUUGUAUUAUGCUUUGCCAUGUUUCGUUUGGGACAUUUAAUCUGCUGCGCCUGAGAUGAUUGGAGCUUGGAUGAUGUAGCUGUUAAGUCAAUGUUGAGGACCAUGAAAGAAUCACUUUUCCUUUUUCUUUUUACGGUGGUCAAAUAACCAAACAUUUCUUUCCACCUUAUAUGUAGCAUUAUUGACUGAAAUAUGAUUUUCAAAAGC